CCUCCACUCAUCCGUUCAUGCCGGAUUUGUCGACCCUCCUGGGAGAGGCUCAAUCGCACCUCGAUUUGCUCAAUCUCAUCAAGUACGCUGGCUUGGCGUCGCUGACAUACGUUCUUCUUGACAUCUUGGACACUCUCAGCGAUGAAAUCGCUCUCGUAUGGCCCUCGCGCCUCAGCGCCAUGAAGGUCAUCUUCCUCGUGAAUCGUUACAUGCCGAUCGUGGAUGUCUCGUUGGGUAAUGCCGUGAUCUUGGGCGUUCGCACACACCAGACUUGCUCCGUCAUGUGGCCACUGGUGGUCGCUCUUUACCCUCUGGGCUCCUUCAUUUCCGAAAUCAUUCUCAUGGUCCGGACCGUGGCGCUAUGGAACUUCAGUAGAAUCAUCGUGGGUCUCAUGAUGCUCAACACACUGAUCAUCGUGGUUCCCACAGUCGCCGUGGUACAGCAGUACCUCCAGACGCUUCACUAUCCCUCGACGGCCGUACUGGAGGUCACAGAUUGCGUCGCGAGCAUCUCGGAUGGCGUCGGGUGGGUCUUCUACGGCUGCAUCAUCAUCUCCGAAACCACCGUGGUCGCUUUGACGUUACUCAAGAUGUACUUGACGUCGGGGCGAGGAACAUCUUUCUCCCUGCUUUUCCGGACGAUGUACCGCGACGGUACCGGGUUCUACAUUUUGCUGCUGACCGUCUCCGUCACCAACCUACUCUGCAUGACCACCGCUCCAGUUUGGGUGUCAUCUGCCCUUCAGCUGCCUCAUCGGGCAAUACACAGCACCUUGUGCUCCCGGGUGCUGCUCAACCUCCGCAAAGCGGCCGCCCGAUCCUCCGGCGUCAGCUGGGAUGAGUUUAACAAGCGCAGUGAGCUAGCGUUCGAGAGGCGAUUCUCUGACAUUGGGGAGGACUCGUUCAUCACGCUAACGGAUCUGGAGCGAUGAACACUCAUCCGAUGUUUUAUGGGUCCGCGACUUCGGCGAGCUUCGCCUUUGAGCAGUGGUUUGUUCCUAUACACUGCAGACUGGGAUGUGACUUCAGUACUCUCAAUCUCGAAAGCAUGUUGCGGAGGCUGUGGAUAUGCU